UGGAGACCAUUUGAGCUCUACGUUGCACGCUGAACGAUCCGCUGAAGGAACGUCACAACAGCGUUGUAUUAGGACAACCGACUUAUACAAAAGGAGCAGUUGUUGAGUUUGUGCAUGCGAACAGUAAGUACAAAUUGAAUAAUACGCUUUGAAACUGUAACCGUUUUGAUGCAAGCCGUGAAAUGAGCACGCAGGCGUCAACAUCUGGAUCUGUCAAUGAGGCGAGAGGCAGAAGAAGUGCUGAAGAUGUCGAAGACUCCAAAAAACACUUCAGAGUCUGUCGGUUUAUCAUCGAUACUGGAGUGAAGUUAGGCAUGAGAUCUGUGCCCAUGGCUACAGCAUGUGCGCUGUAUCACAGGUUCUUCCAGUCUGCCAGUUUGCAGGUCUAUGAGCCUUACCUAGUGGCCAUGUCUGCCAUCUACCUCGCAGGCAAAGUAGAAGAGCAACAUCUCAGGACAAGAGAUAUCAUCAAUGUCUGUCACAGGUAUUUUCACCCAGAGAGGGAACCACUGGAACUGGAUGGGAAGUUCUGGGAGUUGAGGGACAGUAUAGUACAAUGUGAGCUGCUCAUCCUUCGACAACUUAACUUCCAAGUGUCCUUUGAGCACCCACACAAGUACCUGCUGCAAUACCUGCUCUCUGUAAGGAGUCUUUUGAAUCGCCACGCCUGGUCUCGAACCCCCAUUGCAGAGACGGCACUGGCUGUAUUAAAAGACAGUUACCAUGGCACUGUGUGUGUCCACCAUAAGCCUCAACACCUUGCCCUCACCUCCCUCUAUCUUGCUCUCCAGACAUAUGGAGUGCAGCUCCCCAGAGGAGAACUAGAGUGGUGGCAGGUUGUCUGUGCAGACAUCACCAAGGCUCAGAUUGAAACCAUCAUGAGUGAAUUACUGCAGCUCUAUGACAUGGAGGCCAAGUGCACCUGAGAGACAAAGAAUGAAACGGGUACUAAAACACUGACAUGGAAACCCAACACCUUCGGCUGUAUAUGUUCCUCAGAGACAUUUUGUGACUGCCUGAGAUCUGUGACGAUGAUCUUAACACAUGCAUUGAGCCGUCUUUCUCCUGAUGUUGUGAUUUAACCUAAUGAACUCUACUUAUUAAUUACAUUUAAUUAAUGUUUCUAAAGUUUCUUCAAGAAUGAUGAGGGGAAUUUAUAUAUAUUAUAU